AUGCCUCAAGCUCAGCCCGAGCUCAAAAAGUACCUCGACAAGCGCCUCUUCGUGCAACUCAACGGCAGCCGAAAAGUCCUCGGAGUCCUGCGCGGUUACGAUGUCUUCCUCAAUAUCGUCCUGGACGAAGCGGUAGAAGAGAAGGCUGGAGGGGAGAAAGUGAGGAUCGGGAUGGUGGUCAUAAGAGGUAAUUCGGUGGUUAUGCUAGAGGCUCUGGAGCGGAUUGGUGGUGGGGAUAGGGAUAGAGGAUGA